AUGUUAAUAUAUUCUUUUCCUUGCAUGCCUCUUGACAGCCAGCUUCUUUUCAUGCAAGAGAACUCUUCAGAUAUUCUUUGGGACCCCAGAAGUGGGGGGAGGGGAAAUCAGGAUUUCUACAAACAAACAAGCAAGAGGGAUUUUCCAUCUGAAAGUGACACUGGUGUGUGGAUCCUUGUGUCCCAGUCUGCCCUCGUCUACAACACACGUGUGCUGGCUGAUUGCCUCUUCCCACAGCCUUUCCGAAAAUAAAGUGACGUAUUUUAUUCAAAGGCUGAAGAAGCCCAGUGAUUUCCCACCUAGAAGGAUUCCUUUCUGCUCAGAUUUUCUUGAAUCCCGUGCCAAAGUGAAGUCCGUGUUUCUUUCACCUGAAGCUUGGAGAAAGCAAGUUUAGAACUGGAGGAAACACCGAAGGACUAUCAACUUCUGCAAAAGGGAUUCUCUCUCCAGGAAAUCAACUGAACUAAGUUCUGGACCUCCUAUACCAGCUCACCAAAAAUUCAUUGACUGGAGAUCUGUUGAUCCAUUUGAUCCUGCAUUCCUAGAGGAUUAAAGAAUCCAUAAAAAUACUGGAUACUCUUUAUCAGCUAAGAUUUUUCACUGAUUCAGGUCCCUGGAUCUGAUUGUUGGGCCUUGCCCGUUGUUGACAUUCUAGAUCUAGUUCUCUUUAAGGUCUAUGGUUCUCUCUGCCAAAGCUUUUAUUCUCUUUAGUUGUAUCCUCACCUGUGAUUAGAGUUUAUUUUCAAGGUGGUGGACAGAGUGCUGUUCUCUCAGGGCAGUCAGUAUGUUCAGCUGGAUGAAAAAGAACGAGAAGAAAACUCCAGAGGUGAUCCGCACAGUUACUGAGGGCCUGAAGGACCUCUACAAGAGGAAGCUUCUUCCCGUGGAGGAGUUUUAUCGAUUCCAUGAUUUUCACUCACCAGCUUUGGAGGAUGCCGACUUUGACAACAAGCCCAUGGUGCUGGUGGUGGGCCAGUACUCGACUGGCAAAACGACCUUCAUUAAAUACUUGCUGGAGCAAGAUAUCCCCGGCAGCCGCAUUGGACCCGAACCCACCACAGACUCUUUCAUUGCCGUCAUGCAUGGUGAAACGGAGGGGAUCAUACCAGGCAACGCUCUUAUUGUAGACCCCAAAAAGCCCUUCCGAAAACUCAACCCUUUUGGAAACACCUUUCUUAACCGGUUUAUGUGUGCUCAUUUGCCCAACCAGGUUCUUGAGAGCAUCAGCCUUAUAGACACUCCAGGAAUCCUGUCAGGUGCUAAGCAGCGUGUGAGCCGAGGCUACGACUUCCCAGCAGUGCUUCAAUGGUUUGCUGAGCGCGUGGACCUCAUCAUCCUUCUUUUUGAUGCCCAUAAGCUGGAGAUCUCAGAUGAGUUCUCAGAGGCCAUCCGGGCCCUCAAGGGCAACGAGGACAAGAUCCGGGUGGUCCUGAACAAGGCCGACAUGGUGGAGACACAGCAGCUGAUGCGGGUCUACGGCGCCCUGAUGUGGUCGCUGGGCAAAGUGUUCAACACGCCCGAGGUGCUGCGUGUCUACAUCGGGUCCUUCUGGUCGGAGCCACUGAUGAUCUCUGACAACCGACGGCUCUUUGAGCUUGAGGAGCAGGACUUGUUCACGGACAUCCAGAACCUGCCCCGAAAUUCUGCCCUGAGGAAGCUUAACGAUCUGGUCAAGAGAGCCCGUUUGGUCAGGGUCCACGUCCACAUCAUUAGCCACCUAAAGAGGGAGAUGCCCUCCGUCUUUGGCAAGGAGAACAAGAAGAAACAGCUCAUCAACAAGCUGCCUGUCAUCUUUGCCAAGAUCCAGCUGGAGCACCAUAUUUCACCUGGUGAUUUCCCUGACUGCAACAAGAUGCAGGAGAUGCUGAUGGUGCAUGACUUCACCAAAUUCCAUGGGCUGAAGCCCCGCAUGGUGGAGGCAUUGGAUGAGUUGCUGACACUAGACAUUGCCAAGCUGAUGCCCCUUUUGCGCCAGGAGGAGGUUGAAGUCCCAGAGCAGAUUGUCCAAGGGGGAGCCUUUGAUGGCACUCGCAAUGGUCCCUUUGUUGAGGGAGCAACCGAAGGGGCCUACGAGGGUAUGGAUGAUGAUGAGUGGGUUGUGACCAAGGACAAGCCCAAGUAUGAUGAGAUUUUCUACAACCUCUCCCCAAUGGAUGGCAAGCUAAGUGGCACCAAGGCCAAAAAUUGGAUGGUCACCACCAAGCUGCCCAACUCAGUUCUCGGGAAGAUUUGGAAGCUGAGCGACGUUGACCGGGAUGGCAUGUUGGAUGAUGAGGAGUUUGCUCUGGCCAGCCACCUCAUUGAGGUCAAACUCGAGGGCCAUGGUCUGCCCUCUGACCUGCCACGCCAUCUUGUUCCACCUUCCAAGCGUCGGCAGAAGGGCUCAGCUGAGUAAGCAACCUCCUGAGUUUGUCCCUUUCCUAACACCAGGCUUGAACUGCUUCAGUAGGUGCUGGUUCUUCUCCAAUUUUCCUUGAAGCAAACUUUCAGGCUUGAACUCCUUAUGAAGGCCUCAAUUCCAUAUAGCAGCUGUGCACAGCACUGGAAAUCUGCUUUUUGCUCUACUCUUCAAACCAGGCUUCCAGCUCAAACUUCUCCAUCCCUUCCAGAUGUUAAAUGACUCCUGUCCACCCCAAAAAGCCUCAUUUCUUCAUACAGAAUUAAGACUAUGGAUCCCACAAUGUAGCUUGCUGCGUCCCUCUAACUGCCUAUGACCUUAAAUAUCUAUAGUGUUAGUCUUCUCACAAGGUCUUUCUUCUCAGAAACCAAACUCAGCUUCAUUUGCUUCAUGAACUUACUACCUGGGUAAGAAUAUUACUUCCUCCAUGCCUAGUUCCAGCUGUUCCUUUGGGCCACAUCAGACCCAUCUGAGGUUUUACUUCUCUUUAAUAGUCCCCAGUCAGAUCUGCAAUCAACUUAGGCUCCAGAUGGCCUUGAUCUUCUAGCUUUCUUUAUCCCUGGUCUCAUUAGAAAUGGUAGACCUCUUUUCUCCACCUUUGGCCACCUUUUUUCUAAAAGCAUCUUAGUUUAUUGCUUCUCCGAUGAUCAUCAGUGCUAGAUGGACCCCCUUCAGUCAAGUGAAGGGAGAAGAACAAAGGGAGACUGGAGAUUUAUGGCUGGAAGCAGUUCAUGAGUUGUUCAGAACCACAGGCAAUGCUGAUCCCAGAAGACUUUAUUGCGGUUGAGAAAUAGAAAUUCUCAGUCCAGUCUGUCCUUCACCCUGAAUCAGACAGGGUGGGAGGAAUUUGUACUGCCUCCCCACCCCCUUGUUAAUUAGAGGAGGUGAGGUGGGUUAGGGUUAAAUCCCCACCUGACACUCCCUAGGUUUAGAUGCCUGUGGGUUUUUAUUUGAUGUACUGUACCUAAUCAGGCCUGUGACACUUGAUGAAAAAAACCAAGGAUGGCUGCCAUUCUUAAGCUAAUGUUAUUCCCCAUAUGGGUAAAGUCAAGUCUUGGGCAUUUGGGGGUAGCAAGGGCAAAUCACAGUCGUUAAAAUGAUAGAAUGAUAAGAAACCCCAAAUUUCAAGAGAUGUUCAUAGAGCAGCAGAACCCACCAAUAAUGCCAAGCAGACAGUAAGGGCAGGAGUGGCUGGCAAACAUGAGAAGUGACUCUGUGCAGAUUUAGACCUUUCCAGCCAGGCUCCCUCCAGAGGGUUGAAUGAUUUCAAGAAUUCCCAGCUCUGCUGGCUGGAAAUUCUAAGACUUGUUGUCCAGCCUAACUGGAAGGCACCAAGUGGAGGAAGGUUGAGGGCGGCAUUUGGAAUGGUCGUAGAUCAGUCUUUGAGAUACUUCCCUUCUGGGGAGGGAGUGUAGCCCAGGUAGAGACAGAAUGAGUUGCUCCUGGCUUAAAAAGCAGGGGGUGUUCCAUACUCGCCACUCCUUCUUCUGGGGUGGAAUUGGCAGAAUGGAGUAAUUGUAGAAGCCCUUUCCCAAGACAAGAAGAGGGGUGGUGAGACGGCUAUCUUGUACACAAGAGGAUGCUGCUGAAGCUCAAGGACACUGUGACUGAGCCAGGACCAGGCCUAGGUUAGGCAAAGGGAUGACACAAUCUCACACAUCAGAUUUGUGAGUACCAGGAGGGCAUGCACUUUCAUGGAGGCCUACAGAAUGAGUUGUUGGCGAACUUUCCUCCAAAUUCUUUCCUGCCUAUCACUGCAGCACCUAGCUUGUACAGCUAGUGUGGCUUCCUUCCCCAGUCCUAAAAUACUGCUGUGCCCCAGCAUUCAUGGGAUGGGACAAUAGAGACUUAUUCUGGAGAUCAAGGGAUCUUUUCCCUUUUUUCCUGGUAACUGGCCAAACAGAAGACAGGGCCCCUGUAGUCCGGGAGGAUCCAUCUAGUUGCGAGGGAUCAGCUAAUUGCUGUGGCUGAGCAAGUUGAAGAAGGGUCAGUGUCCAAAAUCAGUAGCUUUCAAACAGAAAGGAAGACAGCAGGAAAUGAGAGGAAGCUGGGCGGGAAGAAAGUGGGAACCAUGUGCUUCGUUGGAAGGAAUAGCAGGAAAGGCAUGUUUCCUAGGAAUUUGGUACUGGGAUCUCUCUCCAGUAAGGAAGCCAUAAUGUGAAGUCUGAACUUCACUGGCAGGAUACGUCAGUAGUAGAGAGAUUCUGACAUUUCCCAGGAUUGGCUAGAGGCCAAUAUUUUGGGCUAGGAAAAUUUCAAGCUCCGUGUCACAAGAGAACAGCUGGCUCUCAACUACAUUCCGGGGCAUGUAAAUACAAAUAACGUUAGACCGUUUUUUUAAGGCAAUAGGAACGGCAAGCUUGAGCAGCCCAAAGCUGCAUAGCCAAAACCAAAACAUUGUGCUGCAUCUGCAUUCAUGCUAUUGAUCUCAAAUCAAGCUGGACUUUAAGUCCAAAGCCCAGUGGCUUUGAACAUUCAAACCCUACACUGUGGCAGCCCGUCUUGCAAGAGUGAUGCCUUACAGCUGUCGUGCUAAUCAAGAAAAGCAAGAAUCCCUUCAGGAGGCCCAUGGGGGUCUGGAAAGGUGCUAUCCUUUGGUGCUUGACCCAACUGGAGAGCUCCAUUUGGUGUUGAGGAUAACUCUAUCCAUCUCGACCUCCUGUAUCUCCUGCAGAACUCUUCCUGAGACUACCCAGAGGAGUGAAUAUCCUGCCCUGGGUGCUACCAAGAUGCUUCUUCAGAUCUGGGUGAGGACUGUGCCAAAUUAGGACAUCUACCCUAGUUUAAUAUCAGAAUAACUAUUCUGGCUUCACCCAAAGAAUCCUGGGAAUUCUCUCUCUGCAAAGGAAGUCUGAAGCACAAAUGUGUCCAAUAGUGAAGAACUGGAGAGCUAUUGAGCUAAGUAGAGCGCUGGUGUGUUCUUGGUGCCUCUUUCUCAGGUUGACAGCAACACUCUAUGAUUCCUUGGAAGACUGUGAAACUGUGCAUUUUGAGGAAUCCCAUCUAUGAAUAUGGCUAACAAAAGAACCUUAAAUUGUGGGUGGCUGAUCUUAGGCUCCCGAAAUAACAUGGAAUUUUUAAUGGCCACCAGAUCUUUUCGAAGAAAAUCUUUUAAUAGUCUUCUAUACCAUUAUUAAAGACUCAACUCUGGUAUCGAAAAGUUGGCCAUCCAGAUGAUCUAAAUAUUGUUUGCGGGACUUUCAAAUUAUUGGUUGAGCCAUUGGGAUAUAAUGCAGUGUGUACGAUUAACUCAUUAAGAGUUAGAAUCGGAUAGAGAGAAAUAUUAACAACCAAGUCAUUUCUAUUUUUAAAAAAAAGGCUAAGGAAAAAAUCCACAUGUAAUCUAGCAGUUGGAACAAGGUUUAGAGGAAGUCUCAAUUUCAGAUAUUGGUUCAAAAUACCAAGCCAAAUCUUUAGCAUCCAGAAUUUUUUUACAUAUAUUUGUAUACACUUCCUUCAUCCUGCACAGCUUUUUAGCUGUUUUUAUCUGGGGGAUAAAGAAGUAAAGAGGAAUGCUGGAAGUGAAAAGGCUGAAGAACAUUUCCAACCAUUUCUCUCUCAUCUUGAGAUCUAGCCCCUUGCUUUGAAAGAACUGAAAAUAAAGAUCGGAUUCUCGUGCAACUUGUGUUGAUAGAGCACAUGCAGUAUCCGGUCCACAUGUGCUUUGCUAGCAAGUUUCCAGUACAGGGCUUGGUGCAGCUUCCAGCCGCCAUGAAGGGGAGCAUAUGAACAAUAGGUCGGGGCAGCAUCCAAACCUGUUUCGUUUUAACUUCUUUUCACUGUAGUUAAAUCUCACACUUGAUUCGCUUCCUUCUCACCAUCCACCCUUCAAUUUUAUAAUGUAUUGCUACAGCAAACAUGGCGUGUAUAUUAUUAUUUUUUCACACGUUUUUGUUUUAAUCUACCUAUCGUGCUUGGAAGUUGCCUUAGGGAUGACUUGAGGCUGUUUGGGAGAGUUUUUAGACCUUCCUUGCUUGAGCAGAACUCAAGAACAAGGAAUAGAAAUGGAGCCUGGGUGGGGCUUUCAGGGUUGAGGCCUCGAGUUUCUUUAUUCCUGAAACCUCCCGUAAUCCACUGCACAGACUGGGUCCGCUCCUACAACCAGAGCUUGUUCCUAUUUUCUGCACCACCAGGUAACAUUCAGACUCUCGCAGCCAAGCUCCCCAAGUAUGCAACCAGAACGAUGAUGCAAAUUAUCUAUUCAAAACAUGAAUAUUCUCUUUUGUUUAUUUAGCUUUGCUGGGUCCUCCCACUCCCAAAAGAUGCCCAGAGUUCCUGAACUUGCAAAGAGCAUCUCUCUCACUUCUGAAGAGGUGGGGGCCAGAUCUGAACCCCCUUCUUUUGCACUGAGCUGCCUCAUUCAUUGGGAUGCUGAGGGAAGAGGGGGUAGUCCCCCUCCAGAUGCUGAGAAAGCCUCAUUCCAGUUGUGGGGCGGGUGGGAUGGGGCGAGUCAAGGAAUCUGCCUUGACUGCCUUUGGCGGAGUCCUGUUGCUUGUCGUGCUGGGUCUCCAGAGUGCAGCCUCGGCCUCGCAAGCUGUUCCUAUGACAUGGCUCUGCUGUUGUGACAAUACUUCAGUUGGAAUAAAACUUGUAUUUACCAAUCUGAA